GCCCGGUCCCUCCCCGGACCGCCUUGGCCAAUCAGCUCCGCUCCUCCUUGGCCAUCCGGCUCCGCCUCUUCCCGGCCAGCCCCGCCCCGUCGUUGCUCUCCCUGCUUUCCUCUGCCGCUUGGUCCCCGGCCGCUGGCGUCGGGAGCGGGAAGCAUGGGCGCUGAGUGGGAGCUGGGGGCCGAGGCUGGCGGUUCGCUGCUGCUGUGCUCCGCGCUGCUGGCGGCUGGCUGCGCCCUGGGCCUGAGCCUGGGCCGCGGGCGGGGGGCGGCGGACCGCGGGGCGCUCAUCUGGCUCUGCUACGACGCGCUGGUGCACUUCUCGCUGGAAGGCCCUUUUGUCUACUUGUCUUUAGUAGGAAACGUUGCAAAUUCCGAUGGCUUGAUUGCUUCUUUAUGGAAAGAAUAUGGCAAAGCUGAUGCAAGAUGGGUUUAUUUCGAUCCAACCAUUGUGUCUGUGGAAAUUCUGACCGUUGCCCUGGAUGGGUCUCUGGCAUUGUUCCUCAUUUAUGCCAUAGUCAAAGAAAAAUAUUACCGGCAUUUCCUGCAGGUCACCCUGUGCGUGUGCGAGUUGUAUGGCUGCUGGAUGACCUUCCUCCCAGAGUGGCUCACCAGAAGCCCCAACCUCAACACCAGCAACUGGCUCUACUGUUGGGUUUACCUGUUUUUUUUUAACGGUGUGUGGGUUCUGAUCCCAGGACUGCUACUGUGGCAGUCAUGGGUGGAACUCAAGAAAAUGCAUCAGAAAGAAACCAGUUCAGUGAAAAAGUUUCAGUGAACUUUCAAAACCAUAAACACCGUUAUCUAACUUCAUGAGCCAGAAUGAAUCAAAUCUUUUUGUUUGGCCAAAAUGUAAUACAUUCCAGUCUACACUUUGUAUUGUUGCUCCUGAACAACCUGUUUCAAAUUGGUUUUAAGGUGACCAGUUUUCGUUGUGGUGUUGUUCAAUUAAAUGGUGAUAUAGGGAAAAGAGAACAAAUUUGAAUUUGUAAUAAUAAAAUGUUUAAUUAUACAUUUUAUGGCUGGCAUUAAUUGUUCCACAUUAGUAAAACCAAUUAUCUUAGAA